GAACUCUGAAAGUGCGUUGCAAAAGGCUGAAGUGAAUGCCAACCAGCCAUUUAAAGGGACUUCCUGGUCUACCCACUCUGGCUGCAUUGCACAGCAAUCAAAUCCUGACUGUGAAGAUGGUCUUCCCUAAGAUAAAUCAUGGCUUUCUUUCUGCUGAUCAGCAACUCAUUAAACGUCGACUCAUUAAGGGUGAUCAGGGUCAAGCAGGGCCCCCAGGGCCUCCUGGACCUCCAGGUCCCCCAGGCCCCAGGGGACCCCCAGGGGACACAGGAAAAGAUGGUCCUCGGGGAGUCCAAGGGCUCCCAGGAGACCCUGGAAUGCCAGGGGAGAUUGGUCAAGUGGGACCUGAGGGCCCUCCAGGACAGAAGGGUUCCAUUGGGUCACCUGGUAUUCCAGGUAUUGAUGGAAUGAAGGGAGAUAUGGGUACGCCAGGAUUAGAUGGAAUCCCUGGUGUUAAGGGUGACAGAGGUGAACGGGGUGACAAGGGAGACAUGGGAGAGGAGGGGCCAAAAGGUGACCCUGGUGAGAAGGGUGAUGCUGGAUCCUCUGCUGCUGGAAUCAAGGGUGAGCCUGGCGAGCCAGGGCGCGGAGGACAAAAGGGUGAGCCAGGACUUCCAGGGCUGCCUGGACUCCCUGGGAUUAAGGGUGAACCUGGUUUCUUUGGGCCUCAAGGUGAGCCUGGGCUUCCAGGCCUGCCAGGAAGUAAGGGAGAGAGAGGAGAACCAGGACCGCCUGGCAAGGGUGAACGUGGUGAGACAGGUCCAGCAGGACACAAGGGAGAGCAGGGGGAACCAGGAGCACCAGGCCUGAAAGGUUCAAAGGGGGAUGCAGGAGACAAAGGUGAUGUAGGCCCAACAGGAUCACAAGGGCCACCUGGGGAGAAAGGUGACCAGGGUACAACUGAAAUCAUAGACUACAAUGGAAACAUCCAAGAGGCUCUUCAGAAGAUAACUACUAUUACAGUUACGGGUCCCCCUGGGCCUCCUGGACCAGUUGGACCAAAGGGGAUGAAGGGUGAGCAGGGUGUUCCCGGACUUCCUGGGCUUGAUGGUGAAAGGGGUCACAAAGGUUCAAAGGGGGACAUGGGAAUCCCUGGAAUAUCAGGAGAAAAGGGAUCAAUGGGUCUUCCUGGAUUACAGGGUGUGAAUGGCCUGAAAGGAGACAAAGGGGACACUGGCUUGCCCGGCCCACAGGGACCCUCAAUUAUUGGGCCCCCUGGAGCACCUGGUCCGCAUGGACCACCUGGCCCCAUGGGUCCUCAUGGAUUCCCUGGGCCAAAGGGAGAACCUGGGUUGCAUGGUCUCAAGGGACUGCGAGGGGAGCCUGGGCAUAAGGGUGACAGAGGACCCCUGGGUCUCCCCGGAGCAUCUGGCUUGGAUGGCAAGCCGGGACCCAGGGGUAUGGACGGACCAGUCGGGGCUCCUGGUCCAGCAGGUCCGAAGGGAGAUAGAGGUGAGAGGGGUGAUGUUGGUGAUCCUGGACCCAGAGGGCCAUAUGGGUUACCUGGAGCUGCUGGAACACCUGGAAUGGAUGGGUUACCAGGCUUAAAGGGAGACAAGGGCAACGUGGGGGAAAGAGGAGAAAAGGGUUUCCGGGGCUUUAAGGGUGAAAAGGGCGAGCCAGGUCAGCCUGGCCUGGAUGGGCUGGAUGCCCCGUGCCAAUUGGGUCCAGAUGGACUCCCAAUGCCAGGAUGUUGGCAGAAGUGAUCGUUCUAACACAAAACGCAUGGAGUUUGUAAAUAAGGCUUCACUUUUUUGUAUUUAUACUUUUUUUUUAAUUCUGGAAAAAAGAAAGUCAUGAAGCUUUCACAUAGCUGCUUCUGUCAUUACCGUGUGCUCACAGCAACAUGUGUCACAUUCACAUCAGCACUGUGGAAUUUAAAGACUUGACCAAUAAGAGACUAUUCGCAAGGGCGUGUUUGCAGCGUUGCAUGGCCCAGAAUGAGAGUGGAUACCAAAACAGACUAACAGGGUUAUCUGAAAAGGAGGAGGAGAAGGUGACUGAGAGAUCGACUUUGGGUCUUGAAAAGGAUCUUUGUGUGUUUAGUGUGUUCACACCAAUCCAUACUACCUGCUUAAAAGAUUAACGACUCCAUCCACACACCCUGAAACAAGCAUGAUGUCAAGUAUGUGUAUGUAUCACUUUGUAGUGUGGUCAAUGGCUUCUGCAAAUCACUAACUACCUGUCGGUCUUUGUCAAUUUAAAUCAAAAAGAUGUGCUACUCUAAA